AUGGCCGAGACGUACAACAUAGAUUCAACUACCAAGUACAACAUCGAUUCAGCUACCAAGCUAAAGGCCGACGGGGCCAACUACCGUGAGUGGUGCGUGAAGACAGGCGCCAAGAUCAACCAACAACGUCUCAGGAAGUGCUUGAAGCCGUAUACUGCCAGCAAUUGUAUGUACCUCGAGGGCUUCACAGAGGAAGACGAUCUAGUCGCGCUGUCAAACAUCCAACUCACGAUCCACUCGGACCACCUGAAAUUCCUCCAAGCGGCAACCUCGACGUACGGCACGUGGGAAGCCCUUCGCGACAUCUACGAGAGUGCGUCAGAAGUGAACUUGGUGACCCUCCAGCUCCAAAUGAGCAAGUUGGAAUGGAGCGAAGGUCUGAGACUGGAAUCGUUCACCGACCGGUUUCAAGAAUUCCGCGCACAUCAACCGCUAUCUUUGUUUGCUACCACCACGUUUUGCCAACAGUGUGAUGUACAUCACCGGGAGCGCCGCAACGGCACGGAUGCAAGCAUGCAGUCAGUUUUCAAGUUCGACGAAGCCACGACCAUACAAUAG